GUGAGGUUUAUGGUUUGAAAUUUUUGAGAAAAUUUUGUUCAAAUCUGAUGAAAUAAAAAUAAGAAAGAAUUGUGUGCACUUAUUUAAAGCAAGUUUGUUUUGCGAAAAUAUAAACAAUUUACAUCCACUUUCAUUAUAAGAAUACAGAAAAGUUUAAAUAAAAAUGGACGCUGAUUUACAUUCUUGUGUAUGAAGGGUUAGAUAUUUAUUAUUAUUUGGUGCGAAUAAUUUUAAGAGCGUUUGGAACGAAAUUUCUGUCGGCUAUUUCUUUUAGUAAGUUUAAAAACAAUCUUAUUAGUGAUAUUAAAAUACAGUAAUUGUAAUCAUGCAAGACAUAGCAGAUGAGAGUGAGCACGAUUUGCAAUCAGUGUUCAAUAAAAUAUCAGAAUCCCUUAAAAGCAUAAAUCAAGAAGCAGGCGAAAUUCAAGGGGAACUAUUUUCUGAAAAGGAAAGUCGGGAAGGAGAAAGUUCUAGUUCAGUAACUGACAACAUUAAAGUUGCCACUUGUUCCGAUUCUGUUAAUAUAACAAACUCAGAUAAAAGUGUAAUUGAAAGCUCAAUAGAAAUUAAUACUGAAAGUUCAGGAAUUGAUAAAUUAGUAAAAGAAACAGCUCUAGAAAUUUCUAAUUUAUUAAAUGAGAAAGAGGGUUGUUCGAAACAACUAAGUGUUUUUGGGUGUUUGGAAGAGAAAUCUGACAAAGCUGAAAUAUUGCGAGGUGUUUUUUUGCAAGAUAAACAGGAAAAUGAACCAGAAAUAAAAGGCAAGGAUCUCAAUUGUGAGAAUACAGAAAAAAUUGAAAACGAGAAAAUUAAAGAGAUUUAUAGCAGCAAAACUGGAGGGGAAAAUGUUCAAAAGCAUGAUACUGAAAAUAUAUUUAAAAAGAGUUCCAAUUCUGAAACUCAGGAAAAAAAUAUUUAUGAAGAUCUUACACCAUCAAAUUCAGGAAGCGAAACUCAAGAAAAUGAAAUGUUUUCGUCUGAAAAUGGUCAACCUACAGAUCAAAUAGAUAAACUGAAAUGCAAUCCUACACUUGCAACACAUAUUGAAGAAAAUAUUGACAAUUUGCAAAGUAAUAACGCGAAUUUGAUUUAUGAAGCUGAAAAGUUUGAGUCUGAAGUUAAAGGUUCAACAAAAUUUGCAAAUCGUGAAACAAAACAGUCCUUAGAUUCUUCUUUAAAUGUGGAAGAAAACUUAUCAAAGGAAUUUACAACCGAAAAUAUUCAAGUUAGUACAGCAGAAAUACCUGUGAUACCUAAUACAGUAGAUAACAGUGGCAAAAUUAUAAUAGAGAAGUUAGUUAUUGAUAGGAUCAAUAAAGAUAAAGAAAAAGAAGAUGAAUUAUUGAAUGAAGAAAUUGAAGAAGCAACUAAUCAGACAGAACGUAAAAAAAGGAAGAUAGAAGAAAUUGAGAAAAAUGAAAAACAGGGGCAGACUUCCAAGAAUGAAAAACAAAUGGUACAGUCACAAAGUAUUGAAUUAGUGACCGAAGAAAAAUCUGAAAAAAUUUUAAAUAAUAAAAAACCUGUUGUAGAAAAUGAUAAGGAAGAAGAGGAAUCUAAAACAACUGACAGUAUGGAAGAAGAAUCAAUUCACAACGAACCCCUAUCCGACAGUAAAAAGAUUAAGAUAGAAAAUGAUAAUGAAAAGGAAUCUUUAAUACAUAAUAAAAUAAGUGUGUCAGGCGAAAGUUUGAAUAAAAAACCUGCAAGUGAUGCGAUAGAGCACGAAAUAAAUCAGAAAGGAAAAGAAAAGAAUGGGGCAGAAGAAGAAAUUCCUAGCUCUGAAAGGUUGGUUGAAGCAGAAAAAAAUAAUGAGGCGGAAAUCAGCGAAAAUAAAGAAAAAGAAAAAGAAAAAGAUAAGGAAGAACCUAUGGUUAUUAGUUUAGAUGAUUCUGACGAGGAGAAAAUUGAAACAGAAAAAUCAAAUGAUAAAAAUGAAAUCUUACCGGAAAACAAAAACUGUGUGGAAGACGAACCGAUGGAGGUCGAAACCGAGAAUACAGAAGAAAAUCGUGAAAAAGUUGAUACCACUGAAGCUAAUGAUAAGGAAAAUAUCGCCAAAGAUGGUGGUAGUACAAUAAGUUCAACGCACACGGAAUCUUCAGGUACUGUUACUUCUGACAUAAUUAUUAAUUUAGAUGAUGAAGAUUCAAGUGAUGAAAAAUCUUCGAAAGAUAAAGGAGUUGAUGAAACUUCGGUUCAGUCAGUAGAAAAUAAAAAUGAUGAAGGCAAAGAAGAAGCUUUAAACUCAACAGACUCAAAAGAAACCAACAUACCAACAGAUGACAUAAAUUCUAUCGAAAAAAUGGAUAUUUCUGAAGGUGAAAAUAUUCAAACUUCAAAUGAAAAAUCUAAACUCGAAAAACCAGACUGUAAUGUUAGUGAGUUACAAUCAGAAAAACCGAGUGAAGACAACACAGCUUUGGAGCUAAAUGUAUUGGAAAACCCAGUAGAAUCUGUGGAAAAAUAUACAUUUUAUAAUAAAGAAUGUGUUAAUUAUGAAUGCAAGAAAGUUUGCCAAUUGUACUAUCUAGCACCAAUUUUUGUUUUACAUUUUUAUAAAGUCACAAUCAAACCAAAUUUGCAACAAUAUGUUUGCGAUGAAUGUUAUGAAGCAGUUGUUAAUAAAUAUGAGGAAUGGUGUAAUUUAUUGGAAACUCAUCAGCCACUUUUUCUAACAGAAGUUCCACGAAAGACUAAUGAAUUUGUAGAGAUUUUAGAUAGCAGUGACGAAGAUGAAGGUGGAAAAAAUAGUGAUAACAAAAAUAAUGAAUUUAGUGAAGAGACAAUAGACAUGAUUCAAAAGGAAUUGGACACUGUAAUUGCUGGUGUUUUGUCUCGUACAGAAGUUCAAAAUCAACUUACUUGGUCGAAAUCUUUGCUUGAAAAUCGUAUUGCAAAAAUACAAGAAAGCUCGGAUUGGAUAAAUGAUACAUUAUCUGCAUUACAAAAGAAUGCUGAUAAGAUGAACAAUGCUCUUUAUCAGUGCCCAAAAAUUGAAAUGAAAAUUUUAGCUCCUCUUGAUUUGAAUUCUGGAAAACCUUACGUUCUUGGUGAAUCAACUCAAGCAAACCAAUUAACAAUACCUCCAAUUGGAGAAAUUUAUCGACCUCCGAUUGUAAUUACAGGUGAAUAUUUUGCUGCUAAGAAUAAAGUUAUUGCAAGCUGGUUAGCGUGUACUGUUGUUGAAAUAGUUGACCCACCGUCCAAUGAAAAGCAAAAAAAUAUGAAAUAUUAUAAAGUAAAAUUUUUCAAAAUGAAAGUACCGACGUAUAAAUCAGUGCCAGCCAAACAUUUAGCAUAUGCUGAUGUACCCAAAGUUCAAUUAUCAAUAGGUACUCGAGUUAUUGCGCUUUUUGAUGCUUCUACCCUAUAUAAAACAAAAGAGUAUCAUAAUGAUAUUAAAAGUGCAUUUUAUCCUGGAGUUAUAGCCGAGGCUUUGCAACCUUAUAAUAAUUACCGGUAUUUAAUAUUUUUUGAUGAUGGUUACACACAAUAUGUACAUCAUCGCGAUGUUCGCCUUAUUUGUGAAGUAUCUGCUAAUGUGUGGGAUGAUAUCCAUCCAGGAUCAAGAGAUUUUAUUCAAAACUACUUAAUAAAUUAUAAAAAAAAUCGGCCGAUGGUACAAGUCAAAAAGGGUCAAAGUAUGGUUACAGAAUUGAAUGGGAAGUGGAUUUAUGCUAAAGUUGUUGAUGUGGAUGCAAGUCUUAUUCAAAUGCUUUUUGAAGGGCAAAAAAAUCACACAGAGUGGAUAUAUCGUGGAUCCACUAGGUUAGGACCACUAUUUAAAGCAAUUCAAAAAACUAACAUUCCACAAGUAACGAGAUUGCCAAGGCGGAGUGAGCCAUUUGUUCGUUACAUGCAAGAUGAUGAAAAUGCUAAACAACAACAACAAAAUCAGUCAAAUCCGCAAAUUGAGCCUGCGCCACCUACAACUCACGUUCGAUCACAGGUUGCUAGGAAAAGUACAGCAAGACAAGAAUCUCAAGAACAUUCGGCACCUGCUACUGCUGUUAAACAUUUGAAUAAUUCUACGAUAUUUGUUGAUGACGAAGAACCUAAAGGAACUUUAAUUUAUUAUUCUUCAAAGAGUGAAAAUAAUCCACCGCCCAGGACUUUCAAGCCACAUAUGUGUGGUCCACAUUGUAUAUUGAGAGAACAUUUUGAAGGACAUUAUGGGGUCUUAUCUAAACCUCUUCUAAAUAGCUGGGAAAGAUCUAUUUAUAAAAUUAAAAACAAAAAAACAAGUGUUGUAUAUAGAACCCCUUGUGGUCGUAACUUAAGAAGUAUAGAAGAAGUUCAUAAGUACCUUAGACUUACAAGGAAUGAAUUAAAUGUUGAAAACUUUGUUUUUGAUCCUGAUGUGGGCUGCUUAAAUGAGUAUCAAGUAAAAAAAUGUAUUGUUAAUAAAGCCGAUAUUACGGAAGGACGGGAAAAAAUUCCUAUACAGUGCGUAAAUUACUAUGAUCAUACCAUGCCUCCAGAUUGUGAAUAUUCGGCUGAUAGAAUUCCAACAGAGGGAGUUAAUUUGAAUGUUGAUCCAGAAUUUUUAGUGGGUUGCGAUUGUAAGGAUGACUGUACCGACAAGUCGAGAUGUAGCUGUUGGCAAUUGACAUUGGAAGGUGCAAGAUAUGGAAAUCCUCAUACACCUUUGGAAAACAUUGGAUACUAUUACAAGAGACUGUUAGAGCCUGUGACAACUGGUAUAUAUGAAUGUAAUUCAAGAUGUAAAUGCAGCAGCAAAUGUAUUAAUCGCGUUGUCCAACAUCCUCUAGAAACAAAAUUACAAGUUUUUAAAACUUCUAAUCGUGGAUGGGGAUUACGUUGUAUUAAUGAUGUUCCAAAAGGUGCUUUUAUUUGCAUAUACGCUGGUAAUCUGUUAACGGAACAAAGAGCGAAUGAGUGUGGUGAUGGAGAUGAAUAUUUCGCUGAGUUAGACUAUAUAGAAGUUGCCGAGCGGUUAAAGGAAGGAUAUGAAUCUGACGCUCAAGAAGAUAUAGAAAGUGAUGAAUAUGUCCCAGAACGUGAUUCAGAUGAAGAAUUCAAUCCGAAACCUUCGGAAAAAACGUCCGCCGCAUUAGUAACGACUCGAAAUAGAACUGCUACAGCUAAACGUAGUAACAGUAGUACAACUAAUGGCACAAAUGAUGACGAUGACGAGCAAGAAAGACAAGCUAUUAAUUUUGUACCCAAUACACAAUUAGAGAAUUAUGAGGAAAUUACAACCAAAUACAAAUCGAUGAGAAGAUUAUUUGGAAAAAACGAAUAUUGCUAUAUUAUGGAUGCCAAGAGUAUUGGUAAUGUUGGAAGAUAUUUCAAUCAUUCGUGUUCACCAAAUUUAUUUGUACAAAAUGUUUUUGUUGAUACACAUGAUUUACGUUUCCCUUGGGUUGCAUUCUUUGCACUUAUAAAUAUACGUGCUGGAACUGAACUAACAUGGAAUUAUAAUUAUGAAGUUGGUGUUGUUCCUGGAAAAGUAUUAUUUUGCCAAUGUGGGGCUGCUAAUUGUCGUGGUAGAUUAUUGUAAAUUUUGUAAAAUUUAUUAUAAUACUUUUGUAAAAUUUUUAUUCAAAUAUUAAAAAUUUUUAUUAUUAUUAUUUAAUAUAAAAUGUACAAGAAUAAAGUAAAAUUCAAUAGAA